AUGUCUGCAUGCAGCCCAUUGAUGGAGACCUGUUCAUUAUCAAGUAGCCCCAUGUCCUCUCCUCCAAUGUCUCCACCUCACCUGAGAGUAGGAAACUGGCCUGACACUUUUGAAAUUAAGUGGGACACAAUGCCACUUGCCCUGCGUACAGCCAUUCAGAAUGGAAAGAGGCCUCUGCCGGGGGACAGGCGACAGUUUAUUCGAAUACUUGUUGAUGACAUGAGAAAGUUUGAAGUGAAUCCAAGCAGAGCCCAAUGUCUGCUGAUUGCAAAGGCCAUAGUGAGACAGUAUCCACAGUCGUUUGCAGAUACAAUGGAUGAUGGAAGAACGACAGUAGGAGCAGGAUAUGAAUCAAUUUUAUCUCAAAUGAAAGUACGCGUAGAACAUUUAAACAGAAACAACACCCUGGCUCGGCGGAGAAAAUCUAAGGCAGUGGCUGCGGAAACACCACAACGACAACCUGCAGACAGUUAUGGCUGCAUACGCUGGAACCCUGAACCUCCACCUGAGGAGACAUCAGAAGCUUUGGAAGAGAUGAGACAAAGGAUGACGGAGAUCUUUUAACAAGAAGGUUUGUCAGGAGUGGAAAGGGCAGAAGGGAUAAACCUUAUGGAGACAACGUACUACCUGCAGCGUCAAAUGAUAAAUGCCAUUCCAAGGCCAGCAUUUGAAGACUUGAAGCAGCAAUGGCCCUACUUGUUUCUUCUUCUCAUUUUGAAUUGCUGACUGAUGUUCCAAUUGUACGAAAAAUCAAGGCCUUUGUUGAAGAGCAUGGCAAAAUCCUCACUGAAUUCUUCAAACAAAACACAAACAAUGAAGACGUUAAAGCUGUUCUCUACAGAGCUGGCUGCAGUGUGACAGCUCCCAACAUCAUCCAGCUGGUGAUGGCGCAUUUCAAAGAACCACUGGACGCCCUCAUCAUCGAAGCCGAUGUGUCUUCCACUCCAGCCAUGAUCCAGACUGUCCAGCUGCCUGAAAGCCCGAGACUAAUAGUACUCGGUCCAACUUUGCUGACUGAUCAGCGGUGGUUUGUGAGCGUGGAGGGUCAGGUUGUCAGUGAGGGGGCGUCCUUUGUGCUGGGGCUUGCUGUUCUACUGUCAACAUACUACAACUUUAACCUGCAGUACCAGGACCAGGCUGCAUGCUCAUUGGAGUUCAUUCAGAGGAUCUGCAUGGGGAUUAAUCCUGAGAGAGGAUCAAAGGCACACAGUGGACCGGCCCCCAGCAGAAAAACUGGAAAGAUGGUCCAGAAGAAACCUUCCAAAUUGAAUCCGCAUGUCUGCACCCUGAUCAGGAAGCUCAAUGACUUCAAAUGGGACUUUGUUUGAGUUUCUUUUGUAUUGUUUUGUUUAGCUGCAGUUAUUAUUUAUUGAUAAUCAUUUAACAAUAUCUGCAGAUAAAAGGCUUACUGCCAGUUUUUGUGUUUAGUUUAGUUCUUGCGGCUGUACUGUUUGGCCCCAUUCAAGUGCAUUGACGUUUGAUAAAUUGUUGAUAUAAUGGUUACUGCAUGAUUGAGCCAAGCAGUUAAAAGAUGUGUUCCUACAUUUUUGAUUGAUUAUAAAAUAAAUAAUUAAUUCGAUUUUGAAUCUUGCUUUUUCAUUGUUAUUUAGGACAAAUUAUUUAUUGCAGUGUUCCCUGAGGUAUAUUUAAAAAUGCGGAAUUUCUUCUUCUGGAUCAGUAUACUGAGAUUUAAA